GAGAGACGUUACACAAUGCCCACCACCCAUCAUCUAUCUCCAUCAGACACCAUUGCAUGGUUACAAUAACCAGCAUCUCCACAUCUCCAGUGAACAUGGCAUCCAAAUGUCUAACCCUCCAUCAUCUCCUUCCUCACUCCACUACUCCUUUCCUCACCUCCAAAACUCCAUUCCCUCAUUACUCCUCCACCCACCUUUGCAACAGAUUUCCCACCAAACACCUCCUAAUGAAAUGCUCCAACUCUCCAACCCCCACACCAUCACCACCACCCAACUCUACCUUCUCCCCUGACCCCACACUCACAAACCAAGAACUCAACCCAACUUCACCCACCCAAAGAACCUUCUCCGGCCUAGAAAUCGCCAGCCUCUGGGUCGGCCUCGUCGUCGGCGUCCCCUCCUACUACCUCGCCGGCAGCUUAGUCGACCUUGGCAUGGCAUGGUGGCAAGGCAUCGCCACCGUAAUCGCCGGCAACAUCAUCCUCCUCUUCCCCCUCAUCCUCACCGGCCACCCCGGCACCCGCUACGGCAUCUCCUUCCCCGUUCUCGCCCGAUCCUCCUUCGGCAUCCACGGCGCUCACAUCCCCACCCUCCUCCGCGCCCUCGUCGGUUGCGGCUGGUACGGCAUCGAAUCAUGGAUCGGCGGCGACGCCAUUUUCCUCCUCCUCCCAAAAUCCAUUACAGAAAUCUCAUUCUCGAAAUCUCUACCUUGGCUUGGAACUUCCCCUCUUGAAUUUUCAUGCUUCAUGGUCUUCUGGGUGUUGCAAUUGGCCAUUGUGUGGAGAGGAAUCGAUGGAAUUCGACAGCUUGAGAAAUUUGCAGCUCCAAUUCUCAUUGCUCUAACUUCAUGCCUUCUAAUUUGGUCUUAUGUCAAUGCUGGUGGAUUCACUCACAUGCUUGCUUUAUCUUCUAGGCUUAGCAAUUCUGAGUUUUGGGCUGUGUUUUUCCCUGCUCUUACUGCUAACAUUAGCUUUUGGAUCACUGUGGCAAUUAACAUACCUGAUUUCACUCGCUACGCGAAAUCGCAGAAGGAUCAAGUUAUAGGCCAAAUUGGGCUUCCAAUUUUCAUGGGGGCAUUUACAUUUGUUGGACUAGCAGUUACCUCAUCCACCAAAGUGAUUUUUGGUGAAGUGAUUUCAAACCCGAUUCAGCUUCUUGGGAGAAUUGGUGGCUUUGGAACUACUAUACUUGCUAUUCUUGGUAUUAGUCUUGCUACUGUUACAACCAACAUUGCUGCUAAUGUCGUCGCGCCUGCGAACGCACUAGUGAAUCUCAACCCGGCUUGGUUCACGUUUAGAAGAGGCGCUAUUCUGACCGCGCUUCUUGGGAUUGCGUUUCAGCCGUGGCGGCUUCUGAAGUCGAGUGAGAGCUUUGUUUAUACUUGGCUUGUUGGGUAUUCUGCAUUGAUGGGUCCUAUUGGAGGGAUUGUUCUAGCGGAUUAUUAUCUUAUACAGAAAAUGAACUUGAGUAUAAAGGAUUUAUACUCAAGGAGUUCUAAUGGGGUGUACUAUUAUUCUAGGGGUUUUAAUGUAGCUGCAAUUGUGGCUCUGGUUGUUGGAAUUUUACCUGUGGUUCCUGGUUUCUUGCAGAAUGUUGGAAUGGCAACUUCAGUUCCUAAUGCUUUUGUUGUGAUCUACAACAAUGCUUGGUUUAUUAGCUUCUUUUCUGCUGGGUUUUUGUAUUGGGUUCUAUCAAGUUUGAGAGGGAAACCAGAUAAAACUUCGGCUGGAGACCCUCUUUUGCCAGUUGCAGAGUAAAUAUGGAGGAGUUCAUGGAUCUACUCGCCAAAUGUUUGUGUAAAUGUUGUACAUUGGCAAUGGCAUAUACCCAGUAAAGUAAACAAACUUUCUUAGACACUUCAAUAUUUAGACAAAGACUACCAUGCUGUAUCAAUUUGAACUAUGGAAGAUUUCAUUAGUUAAUCAGUUAAAUCUUCGAUGUGCCAUAUUAUAUUGGAGUCGGGUGUGUUUGUGAGUGAGUUUCGGAGGGAAGGGAGGGGAAGGGGGAGACUUAUGACUUAUGAGAAGCCCUCCUCUUGUUUGAGAGAUUUUAAAAAUGAGGGAAAUUUUUUAGAACCCUCUAAAACUCUCCAAUUCCAUGACCCUCCAUUGGAUGAAAAA